CUGUCUAGUAUGUGGAGUGUAUCCUGACGCCGGCCGUCCUCUGCCAUGUUCUGGCUCCGAUCGUUUCGAGCAUGUUCCCACAGACUGUUUCAUAGCGGGGCCCUCAGCCGUGAUCAGGUGCUAGAGCAGCUCCAGACGUGCUCUGCUGAAGACCAGGUGUUCGAUGUGGUGGGCCGGAACAAAGCCAAGCUGUCCACGAGCCAUGUGAGCUUUGCUAUUGGAUGGCUGUGGAUGUUUCUAAGAGAGCGGCCACUCAUGUUCAGGACAAUCAAGCAGGUCCGGAAUCACCCGCAGUUCCUGACGCUUCGAGUUCUGGCUGAAAACAAGAUCAGCCUCAUGGAUGACGCUUCAGUGGUGGAUAUGCUAUAUUCUGUGCACCGGCUUCAAGUAGAACACCAUGACACUCUUGUGCAGCAGCUGGUGACAGAGGCUUGGAACAGACUAGAGAGUUACCUGCAGGGCAGUGUGUAUCCAUACGAGGUGACCAUGCUAACCAGGGUUCUGUCUAUGCUUCCUUCUCCCCGUCCUGAUGAGGCCGUCCUUUCCCGGGUGAACGCCGUGAUCCUGCAGUGCAACCUAAACGACCUCAACACUUAUGCCACGGUCGUCGUCAAGUGGAUUCGCAACGAUCCCUCGUACCGAUUAUGCACCCCCUCCAAGUACGUCUGCCUGCUCCAGACCCUGAACCGCUGCAGUCGUGAGCGGCUGCACAGCUUCGAGAGUCUGGACGUGGUGCUGGAGGAAGUGAAGUGUUUGUCGGAGGAGUACUUUGAUGAGAUGCUGCUGGAAGAGUCUAUGGUCACCAUGCAGAAACUGAUUGACCAGAUAUCCUGGACUAACGUGCAUGAGCUGGGCGUUUAUCUGACCAGGACUAACUACUUCUGUGCCGCGCUGAUGGACUGUAUCGCUAGUGUUACUACUGAAAAUAUGGACAAGAUUCAUUAUUCUGCAACCUAUUCCACCUUGCUGCCUUUCGCUGUGCUAAAUUAUGACCCACCGAAGGCGGAGGAGUUUUUUGAUGUGUGCAUUCGACAUUUCACGCCGUAUAUAAGUUCUUUUGACCCUCACCUGCUGGUUCUCUUGGCUUACGCACUGGCUUUGGCUGAUUAUUUCCCUGAGGAGGUGGUCCGAGAGAUCUUCAAUGUGGACUUUCUUGCAAAGUUGGAUGCCCAUCUGGAGUCCAACAGCUCCAUUAGUCCAGCUCAGCAGCAGAUCCAUAAGAUGCUUGGGGACGUCCUGGGUGGGAUGAACUGUGCCAAAGUAGGAGUGCUGAUGCCAUACUUCUAUACUGUCGGUGAGUUUUGAAUCCGUGUUACAUGUAAAGCAGAACAUUUUGAUUAGGGUUUUUUUCAGUGGCCAGUAUAGUGCGGUUAAACUGACCCUAAUUCAAUUUUUACUUUUUAAAAACACAUUGUGCACGUACACGAAAUAGCCUACCUUUUCAUCACAAAUCCCUCUCAAAAUGCUUCUCAAAAUAGCUGAAAG